AUGCACGAUGCCUUUAAAGUUUCUGUUGCACUCGAUAAAUUUCAACACAAAAUUGAAUCCAUCUUUGCUUAUGGUGACAAGCUACUAGUGGGCACUCAAACAGGUGCCUUAUCGGUAUACGAAGUUCACGAUCCCAUAGGUGACGAACCCCUGGCCGUCACAUUAACGGAAACUUUCAAAAAUUUUGCCAGAAGCAAGAUUGAUCAACUGGAUAUUAUAAAAGAGAUUGGGGUGCUUGUGUCACUAGCUGAUUCACAUGUUAGCAUCUUCGAUCUGAAUACUUUUCAAUUACAAAGACAACUUACAAAGACACGUGGUGCAAAUAUCUUUUCUAUUGAUACAAAAAUCGAGAUUAGUGAGGAUGAAGGAAGUAAAGGAAUACCAAUGAUUGUUACACGUCUUGCGGUGGGGGUUAGACGAAAAUUGAUCAUUUUUACUUGGAAGGAUAGUGAUUUUACCGAUACAAAGGAAUUUCCAAUCGCUGACAGGAUUCGAGCGAUGGCUUGGGUUAGCCCACAAAAACUUUGUCUCGGACUUAGUAAUGAAUAUGCAUUGAUUGACAUUACUUCUGGCAACACUAUCGAUCUUUUUUCCCCUUCCAGCGUGACAAGCUCUGGCACUUCAUAUAUUUCUUUUAUAGGAACAAAAGUAAAUAAGCCGUUGGUAACAAAAUUGCCACAUGAGGAGAUUCUGUUGGCGAAAGACAAUGUGAGCAUCUUUGUUGGACUGGACGGUAAUCCAACUCGUAAAGUUGGAAUAGACUGGUCGGGAAUGCCUGAAGAAAUUGGAUACUCUUACCCAUAUCUCAUUGCAAUCCUGCCAAAGCAUGUGGAAGUAAGAAAUCUUGCAACACAAACCUUGGUGCAAACGGUAGAAUUACCACAAGCUCGACUCAUAAAUGCGGGCAAAUAUUUAUAUAUUGCCAACAAUAGUACAGUAUGGAGAUUUAUUCCAUAUAGUUAUGAGAAACAGAUUGAUCAAUUGGUUGAACAAUUAGAAUAUGAAGAAGCGAUAAGUCUAACCAAGCAGAUCGAACCUAUUCUUUUGGAUGAUAAAGAUGCCAAACUUAAACAAAUUCGUAAUCUAUUUGCGCAUCAUUUAUUCCGUCAACAAAAAUUUGAUACAGCAAUCACGAUUUUUCAAGAAUUAGAAACAGAUCCUGCCGAAGUGAUUGCUUUGUAUCCUCCAUCUAUUUCAGGUGAAUCUGACUCCGAGGGAGAUCAAGAAUCGAUAGAAAAGCUAACAGAGAAACCAUUAGAGAAUGGUACGAAAUCACAUCAAUUAUCUGUAGUAAAAGAACUGGGCUCUAUCACGGGCGAUGAUUCCCAGAACAUCACUUCGAUAAAGGAUGAAAAAUUGUCGGAAGCCGAAACUGUGGUCAAAGAAACAGAAAAAAAUGAGAAUAAAUUAGAGGGUAAAGUCCUCGAAGAAGCCGUUUCAGCAUUAAUAAGAUUUUUGACCGAUCGACGGCAAAAAACCUCGAAAAUCCUUCAUCAUCUGCAAUCAAAUCGAUCUGUCAGUUCUACACCCCCUGGAUCACCGUCUUCCCAUCGUCCCUCUUUAAAUAGUCUUUCAAGUCUUGACAUGCACCAAAUUAUGAAGACUGCGGCGCUGGUUGAUACAUCUUUGCUCAAGUCUUACAUGAUUAUAAACGAUGCAUUGGUUGGACCUCUUCUUCGUGUACCAAAUCAUUGUAACGUAGAAGAAAGUGAGGGACUUUUAUUAGAAAGAAAGAAAUAUAAAGAAUUGGUUGAUUUAUAUCAUGGAAAAGGACUUCAUCGAAAAUCUUUGGAAUUACUGAAAAUGCUCGGACAAUCUUCAGAAGGCCCAAUGAAAGGAACUUUGCAUACUAUACUUUAUCUUCAAAAACUUGGACCGGAUCAUUUUGAUCUAAUACUCGAGUUUGCUUCUUGGGUAUUGGAGACAGAUCCAGAGGAAGGGAUGGAGAUUUUCAUUGAUGAUCAUCUAGAGGUUCAAAAAUUACCGCGCGAUCAAGUCUUGAAAUACCUGGAACAAUUUUCCCCGGAUCUUUGCAUAAUAUUUCUUGAACAUAUUAUAUACGGACUGGGAGAUCAAACAUCUGAAUAUCAUAAUCGGCUGAUUAUGGCAUAUUUAAACAAAUUAAGACGGCUGAAUCAUGAAAUUGAAGUCAACGGUUCCUCUGAAAAAAUACAAAAAUCUUUGGAGGAAACGGAUAAAAAACUCUUAAAUUUUUUGGACGAAUCUCAAUUUUACAGAGCAGAGAAGAUUUUAGGGCAGCUUCGAUUCGACGAUUUCUUUGCAGCAAGGGCAAAACUACUUAGUCGACUUGGUCAGCAUGAUCAAGCUUUACACAUUUAUGUGCAUAAAUUGAAGGAUGAACAAAUGGCGGAGGAGUACUGUAUUAAGAAAUAUAAUGAUAAAAACAAUCCAGUAAAAAAGGUUUUUUUAUCAUUACUUCGAGUAUAUCUAAAACCCAGUGAUGGGGAAGAAGUUAUGAUAGAGCCAGCUCUACGAUUAUUGUCACGACAUGGAACACAUGUCAAUGCCUCAGAGGCUUUAGAAAUGUUACCACCAACCAUAAAAGUAUCACAACUAUAUGGAUUUGUCGAGAAGUAUAUUCGAGAAAGUAAUCGAAAUAGAAAUAUGAAUAUGAUUGUCAAAAAUCUAUUGAAGGCUGAUCAAUCUCAGCAAUUGAUGUUUUACCGAUCCCGAAGAGUCAAGAUUGAUGAGGAUCGUAUGUGUCCUCAGUGCACAAGACGCAUUGGCCAUAGCGUGUUUGCUGUCUUUCCUAACGGAGUUAUCGUUCAUUAUCAUUGUAAAGACAAGUACUCGGCAUCACACGAGACUACAAUAUGA